AUCACACUGCGGAGCGCACAGACAGGCUGGAAACAAAUGUAACAAGCGAACGUCAACACCAACGGCUGUCUCUUUCCCACCAAAUUAAUUGUCAUCAAACGUCGUAGAAAGCUCGUAGAGGAAGGCCCAGGCAGGGCCGUGGAGUGGCUCAGUACAAGGGUGUGUGUUCUCACCACCACCACCCGCGCCUCUCCUCCCCCCUGGAGAAGACCAGCAGGAUGUCGGAGGCUAGAGAGCGUAGCCCCCGCCACCAGAGACCCUGGUCAGUGUACCGGGCCAACACCUUUGACCUCUCCUCUGAGAUGAUCGGCCUGGCGCUCGCAGGAAACAGCCAGGAUCCAGAUGAGCCUGUUCUAGAGUUCAGUGUGGCCUGUAAUGAGUUGGUGACCCCAGCUCUGGAGCGGAAACCCAACAGCUUUGUGGCAGUGAGCUGCACCACCCCUCCCCAGGCCUUCUGGACCAAACACACCCAGACUGAGAUCAUCGAGGGCACCAAUAACCCUAUAUUCCUGAGCAGCAUAGCCUUCUUCCAGGACUCUCUGAUCAACCAGCAGACGCAGGUCAAGCUGUCUGUGUACGACGUCAAGGACCGCUCUCAGGGCACGAUGUAUUUAUUGGGCUCAGCUCUGUUUCCUGUGAAGGAGUUGCUGCAGGAGAAGAACCACAGGUUACACCUGACCCUGAGAUCUGCAGAGAACAAGCACGUGGGGAACAUCACCAUCAUUGCCUGGCAGAUAGAGGAGAAGAGGGACCAGAGGACUCUGCCUGUUGCCAGGUUACCAGACACCAUCAACGGCAGGACCGUGCUUCCGGUGGAUGAGAGCCUGACAGAAUCCAUGGGUGUCAGAGCCAAAUAUGCAUCUUUAUGCAAAGACACCCUGCUGACAUCAGUGUUUGGAGGCACCAUGUCCAGAAUGUACCGUUUCCCCACCACGGACGGUCACAACCUGCGGGUGCUAGAACAGAUGGCUGAAAGUGUGUUGUCUCUCAACAUCCCCAGACAGUAUGUCAAACUACUGCUGGAGGAGGACGCUGUCAGGGUUUGUGAGCUGGAGGAGCUGGGGGAGUUGUCACCGUGCUGGGAGAACCUACGACAACAGAUAGUCACUCAGUACCAGACCAUCAUCCUCGCCUACCAGGAGACUCUCUCUGACCUCACCAACUACAAGGGUCCGUCGUUCAAGGCCAGUAACCUGAAGGCAGAGAGGAAGCUGGAGUUCAUACCCACCAACCUUCAUGUCCAGAGGAUGAGGGUGCAGGAUGAGUCUGGCUUUGACCACACGUAUGACGUGGUGACUAUCGGGGCUCCCGCCGCCCACUGCCAGGGCUUCAAGAACAGCGGUCUGCGCAAGCAAAUCACCAAGUUCGAGGAGGCCAAGAAACACAGUGCCCUGUCCAGCUGUCAGUCUAUAGUGUACAUCCCCCAGGACAUUGUCCGGGCCAAGGAGAUCAUCUCCCACAUCAACACCCUGAAGACCCAGGUCAGCUACUAUGCUGAGAGGCUGUCCCGCGCCGCCAAGGACCGCUCUGCCAAUGGUCUGGAGAGGACCCUCGCCAUCCUGGCUGAUAAGACUCGCCAGCUGGUGACGGAGUGCGACUGCAAACUGCUGGCGUCGGCCAUCCAGGCGCUGAACGCGGCACGCCCCGAGUACAUCGCCUCCAAGGCGUCACCCUCCGCCGACGCCAGCGAUCAAGUUGUCCUGCGCAACGACCGGGACACGCUGCUGGCCAAGUGGAGCGGAUGCAACAGCCGCUCCUCGCUGCACGUCGACUGGCACGAGGAGGAGUGGGAGAAGGUGUGGGUAAAUGUAGACAAGAGUCUGGAGUGUAUCAUCCAGCGGGUGGACAAACUCCUUCAGAAGGACCGUCUGCUUGGCGACAGCAGCCAGGGGGACACUACCCCAGGCCACCAGCAGGGCGGCAGCAGUAAAAAAGAUGGCAGCCCCAGUGGCGAGGAGGCUUUCCCAGGGGAGUGGAGCGAGGCGCUGUACCCUCUCCUCACCACGCUGACAGAGUGUGUGGCUAUGAUGAGUGACAAGGCGAAGAGCUCCAUGGUGUUCCUGUUGAUGCAGGACAGUGCUCCUACCAUCGCCAUGGACCUCUCCCUGCAGUACAGACGAGACGUGGUCUUCUGCCAGACGCUCACUGCCCUCAUCUGUGGCUUCAUCAUCAAGCUGAGGAACUGUCUCCGUGACGAUGGCUUCCUCAGGCAGCUCUACACCAUCGGCCUGCUGGCCCAGUUUGAGUCUCUGCUCAGCACCUACGGCGAGGAGCUGUCCAUGUUGGAGGACAUGUCGGUAGGCAUCAUGGACCUACGGAACGUUACCUUCAAGGUGACCCAGGCAACCUCCAGCUCCUCCCCCGACAUGCUGCCGGUCAUCACCGGCAACCGGGACGGCUUCAACGUCCGCAUCCCGUUGCCGGAGACCAUGUUUGACGCGUUGCCGCGGGAGAUCCAGAACGGCAUGCUGCUGCGCGUCCAGCCGGUGCUCUUCAACGUGGGAAUCAACGAACAGCAGACGCUGGCAGAGAAGUUUGGAGACACGUCUCUGCAGGAGAUCAUUAACCUAGAGAGUCUGGCCAGACUCAACUCCUACUAUCAACAGUUCAAGGAGGUCCUACCUGAGGACUGCCUGCCCAGGUCCCGUUCCCAGACGUGUCUACCAGAGCUGCUGAGGUUCCUGGGACAGAACGUCCACGCCAGGAAGAACAAGAAUGUAGACAUCCUGUGGCAGGCAGCAGAGAUCUGUCGUCGUCUGAACGGUGUGCGUUUCACCAGCUGUAAGAGUGCUAAGGACCGCACGGCCAUGUCUGUCACCCUGGAGCAGUGUCUGAUCCUACAGCACGAACAUGGCAUGGCCCCACAGGUCUUCUCCCAGGCCCUCGACUGCAUGCGCAGCAUUGGGACCAGGGAGGGGGUCACCCAGAAGAACCUGAGUGGCCUGUUGCCUGUGCGGGAUUUCAGGCUGGACCCCAGCCUGCUGUACUCCCUGCCCCUGCUGGCCCUCAGCCCCAACCUGCUGGUCGUCUGGCUGUUCCUCAGCGUCGCCUACUUCCUGGCCAAGCUCCGCUGCAGCUGAAGGCACAGCCCCUCUGCCACCCAGCCCCACCU